UGAUGACGACUCUCGUGGUCUCCAGGAAUGACUUUAAAGUUGAAGUUCUUCUUUUCAGGCUGCGUCUCCACUGCAGGAGGAACAAACUGGUGAGAGAGUUGGAGGAGAUGGUUCGUUUGGCCUCCACACUGCACACACAGCUGAAGAGCCUCUCAGCCUCCACCUUGUCCUGCUCCUCCGGCAGCAGUCGUGGUUCUCUCACCUCCAGCCGUGGCUCCCUCGCCACCACCUCCAGCCUCGGCUCCACCUCCUCCCUCAGUUUCACCGACAUCUACCUGGAGCAGCCUGAACUUUCCGACCCGGACUUUCAGAACAAACUGGACAGUCUCCUGCAGGAGGGUGGAGCGGGGGGAUUCCGCCCCACCAACUCCAUCACCACCAUCCAUGAGCACGAGGUGGUUACAGGGAGCAGUGGAGGGAGGGAGGAGGAGAGGUCGCAGGAAACAACGGGAGAAAGAGGAGGAGAGACUUUAAGUUCUGUCGGAGGAAUGACAGGACCGGACCUGGGACCAGCCAGGAUCCAGAACCUCAGACUGUCAGAAACUCCUGGGUCCAUGAGCUCCUUAUCUCCGUGCUCCUCCCUCUCCUCACUGUCUCCACCGUGUUCGCCACUUGUCACGGACGCUAACUUCCUGUCAGGAGAGAGGGGCUUGGCCGGCAGUGGGCGGGAUCAGUUAGACCUGGACUUGGAACUCCGGAGCCGACUCACAGAGCUGGAACUCAGUCUGGAUCCUGAGAAGGAGGAGGAGGAGGAGGAGGAGGAGGAGGAGGUCCAUGGUCGAGGAGGAGGAUUACAGCAGAAGAAGAUCCAUGAGAGUCCGCUGAGAGGAGAGGUCAAAGGCUCCGCCCCGCUGCUGCAAGAGGCGGGGACAAAGAAAAUGGGCGUGUCCUCCGCAGUGUCUGACGAGUCUGUGGCGGGCGACAGCGGCGUGUACGAGCCGUCAGAGCGCAGGACGGGCCUCCUGCCUGUGGACCUCCUGACACCCCUGGACGACGGCGUAUCUCCCAGCUUUUCUCCUCAGGUUCAGCUGGGUUUACGGUACAAGUCCAGAGAGCAGCGUUUCAGCGUCCACGUCCUGCAGCUGUCCAACUGCAGCGCCCUCUGUCUGCAGCAGAAAAUGUACCUGCGGGUGGCGGUGCUGCCUUGCCUGGAGGCCACGCCCUGUCUCUUCAGAACAAGAGGCUACGCCCCCCAAGAAGUUAUCGAGGUCAACGAGGUGUUCGGCACCCAAAUAUCCCACAGUGCACUGCGGCAAAAGACGUUGAGGUUGGACGUGUGCAGCGCUGGGCCGUCAGGUCACGAGGAGUGUCUGGCCGGAGCUCAGAUCAGCCUGGCCGACGUCACCUGUUCAGAGGAACGAAGCACAAAGUGGUACAACCUCCUGAGCCACGCCCACCUGUGCAACAUCAGCAGCAGCAGUGAGGUCAAAGAGCACAGCGGCGGAGCCGGAUCGGCCGGGACGGCUGUUGUUUGUGGCAGUGACACCGUCAGAAGUGUUGACAACAGAUCGUGGCCCGGUUCUGAUCCUCUGGACCUGUUGGAUGAUGAAGAAGGACAUGGCAUAGACAGAGGACGCCCCCUGGAGGAGGACAAAAGCCAGUGGGGUGCAGAGGAAGGAGGGCAGUGCCAUCAGGUGACGGACCGUCCAGGGAAAGAAGUGGAGGAGGAGGAGCCUAGUCCUGUGACAUCAUUAUUAGCACCUGUAACAGUGACCACAAAAAAAGUGAACAAAGAGACCAGUGUGGACGGUCUGUCCUCAUCGUCUCAUCACUGCUCAGUAGUUCGACCUAAAGAACGUCGGCCUGACGUCCAGCAGCUGCAGAACCCGUUCAUGAGAGGAAACACCAUCAUCCGCUCCAAGACCUUCUCUCCUGGACCCCAGAGCCAGUACAUCUGCAGGAUAAACCGCAGUGACAGCGACAGUUCCACGCUCUCCAAGAAAUCACCGUUUGUCAGAAACGCCUCAGAGAGACGCAGUAUGAGAAUGAAGAAGCCCCCUGUUCAGACCAAAGGUCUGGAUGGUCUCCUCAGAACCUCCCUGGACCUGGAGCUGGACCUGCAGGUGUCCCGGACUCGUCAGGCUCGACUGACUCAGGAGCUGCAGGUCCUGAGGGAGCUGAAGACCCAGCUGGAGGAAGCUCAUCAGCAGGGGCGGACGGAACUGCCCACCUGGGUGCAGGAGGACGAACGCUUCCGUCUGCUCCUCAAACAGGCUGAGAAACAGACACGUGAGGAGCAGCAGCAGGAGAAGCGUGUGGAGAAGAUGAUGAGGGCGGCGGCCAAAGACGUCCACAAGAUCAGAGGACAGGGUUGUAAGGAGGUUCCUGAGGUCCAGACCUUCAGAGAGAAGAUGGCGUUUUUCACCCGAGCCAAGAGCAACAUUCCCGAUCUUCCAGCCGACAGCGUGUAAGAGAAGCAUUUCAACUGACCCCGCCCUCUCAGUGGCCCCGCCCCAUGAUGUAAACCCACCCCCAUGGUCCAGCCGAAUGAAGACAGAAGUUUGUGGGUCAAAUGAAGAGCUUAUGGUUUUGUUUUGUGAAUAGUGUUUAUUUGUAAAUUAGUGACAUCAUCGUUGAGGCCCCGCCUCUGAAUUCCUUUCCUUUUCUUAAUCGUAAAACUAGUUAUCAAUCAAUGUUGAUUCACGUCUAAAACCUGAAAAGUUCAGACGAAGAGGCCCCUCCCACUUCUGACCACUUCGUUAACAUAAUGUUAUCGACAAAGCCUGCUGCCCCCUGGAGGUUCAUCUAUCACACUACUGCACAUUUUAUUAUUAUUACACCUCCUUAUGCAGAUGAUACAUAUUUUACGAAGUAUUCUCUUAAUAUGUUUGACUAAUAUCAGAACUAUCAAAGCAGCCAUGAACCAAUCAGAAGCCUCGCUCAGAACCGAAGUUUAAACUAAAUUAAAACUCAGUGGUGGAUCCACACUGGAAGAAAGGUGGAGCAGAACCGUCUGCGUUUAGGUCCAAAUCUGUGGACAGGAGGAGGGGAGACGGGCGAGGACUUGAGGUCAGGAGGUCACAGUGUUUUAUUUCAUUUCUGGUCGGACGUUCCGGGUCUUCAGCGUUUCCAACCGUCGUCUUCUCCUGAAACAAAGUUAUUUCAAAGUCAAUGUUAAACACUUUCCUCCCACUGGGAUCAAAGCACAAAGAGGCUCAACUGUGAACUCCGUGGUCACGUGACCCGCCCAGACCAACCACUGGACUGACGUCAGCAGCCGAUACAGAACAGAUGCUCUGAUUGGCAGUGAACGAAGACUGGACGUUCAGCCGUGAGUCACGUGACUCCACAGUCACGUGACUCACGGCUGAACUGCACAAACUGCACAAACUGCACAUACUGUUUCAAUCGUUUGCUUUCAGUGUGUGAUUUUAGCCUGAACUCAGGGGGGCGCUACACUGACCUAAAACUCAGACCUGUAUUCGUUCUCCUGUUCGGGGGCCACCUAGUGGCUCAAAAUUGUCAUUGCUGAAAAAAGAAAAACGGUCUUGAACUUGACAUCGUUUUACGUUUCGGUUUUUAAUGUUUGGACCAAAGGUGUGUGAAGUUGGUGUGGAUUAAAGUCAUCAAAAACAUCAAGCCCACCAAUAAACACACAUUUGUCUUUUUCCCUCUGGAAUGAGGACUUUUUGGACACUACGUCCAAACGUGUUUUGCUGCCACCCUGUGACCAGAGAAGGGUUGAAGUGCGUUGAUUUAAGACUGGUCUCUAAGUCUGCCUCACUGUCAUCACAACUGAAUGUUUUUAAAAACAAAGACGUCGAAAUGAAGGACAGAAAAGUCUCAUUUUUCUAAUGAAACAAAUUCUCUGCUGUUUGUCGCAAAUUAUUUUAUUUUUAUUUCUGUGUAUAUUUUGAGUUGGAAUGCUGUUUUUAAGUCCAUGUCUUUGUUAAUGAUAUUUUAUUCUCCUGUAUCAUCAUCUUUGAAGCUUUGAUCAGAAACUCUGCUUGUAUUUAUUGCACACUCGUGAUUUGACUUUUCUCUGGACUGUUUUCCCCUAAAGAUUCCUGAAAAGCUGUGAAUUCUCCUCAGACACUGUUCUUGUUCCACCAGAGUUGUAAAUAUUUCACCAGCAAAAAACAAACUAUCUUUUGUAGACUCACAAUGAAUAAAAACAAAGAUUUUCUCUUUU